AUGGGCGCGAGCGGCUCCAAGGCGACCGCGGCGGCGGCGACCAUCCCCGUCGCCGCCGCCGCCGCGGCGACGGAACCGUCCUCGAGCGACGUCGGCGGCGACGCGCCCGCGCCCGCGCCGACGUCGACGCCGACGCCGACCGCCCCCGCCGCGCCGUCCAAGGCGACGAAGGACGGCGAGUGCGACAAGCCCGUCUGCGCGGUGAAGGACGACAUGAAAGCGAUGCUGAAGCGCGCGUCCUCCUCCUCCUCCUCCUCCUCCUCCUCCUCCUCGUCGUCGUCGUCGAAACAACAACAACCGUGCCCGGUGGACAAAGAAGAGCUCGGCGUCGGGACGUGGAAGCUCCUGCACACGAUGGCGGCGUACUACCCCGACGACCCCAGCGCGCUGCAUCGCGUCCAGGCGAGGCGAUUCUUCGACGCGCUCGGGUUGCUGUACCCGUGCGACCACUGCGCCGCGGACUUCCGCGAGGACAUGGGGAAGACGCCGCCGAGGGUGGAGAGCCGCGAGGCGCUCUCCACGUGGCUGUGCGAGCGGCACAACGAGGUGAACGAGAAGCUCGGGAAGAAGCCGUUCAAGUGCACGAUGCGCGCGCUGGACGAGCGAUGGUUAAAGGGAGACUCGUCUUGCUGGCACGGCUGA